CUUACACUUUCCAUUCCUCUUGGCUUUUCUCCUUCAACAUCUUUGAAAACAAUUUGAAGGCAAUAGAGAACCUCUGAUGGUCGUGAUGGACGUAGAUGAAGAGAACAUUGAAGAGGUCGCCGCUACUGCAGAAGAAUCUAUCAAUGAUGGGGAAGAAGUCGGCGACGUGAAGGAUGAUUUGAUGAGCGAGAUUAUUACCACCAUUGAGUUUCUUGAUCAGAUCAGCGAUUACCGACGAACACAGCAGAAAGAAUGCUUCAACCUCGUUAGGCGACUCAAGAUUCUUAUUCCUUUUAUGGAUGAGAUUCGAGGCUUUGAGUUCCCCUCGCCAGAAAGCUGCAUGCAUUUUUUGCAUCGUUUGAGGAAAGUUAUUUUGGCUGCAAGAAAAUUGUUGGAGACUUGCAACAAUGGUAGCAAAAUAUAUCUGGCAUUGGAUAGUGAAUCGGUCAUGACGAGAUUUCAUUCAGUUUAUGAAAAGCUGAAUCGUGUUCUUGUUAAGACUCCUUUUGAGGAAUUGCGGAUUUCUGAUGAAGUGAAAGAUGAGGUUUGUUCAUUGUGUAAACAAUUGAAAAAAGCAAGGAGAAGAACAGACACACAGGACAUAGAGCUAGCGGUAGACAUGAUGGUUAUGUUUUCAAAAACAGAUCCUCGGAACGCAGAUAGCGCUAUUAUAGAAAGGCUUGCCAACAAGCUUGAGCUGCAAACAAUGGAGGAUUUGAAGACGGAAACAAUAGCCAUAAAAACCCUAAUCCAAGAAAAGGGAGGAUUGAGCAUAGAGACUAAACAACAUAUCGUUGAGCUUCUUAACAAGUUCAAGAAGCUUCAAGGUGUUGAAGCUACCGACAUCCUCCACGAACCCGGUAUCAAUAAAUCCACAUCCGCAAUACUACCACACGAGUUUCUAUGUCCAAUCACACUUGAAAUAAUGCAAGACCCGGUUAUCAUCGCCACUGGACAGACAUAUGAAAAGGAGAGUAUACAGAAGUGGUUUGAUGCAGGACACAAGACUUGUCCAAAAACCAGACAAACGCUUGAUCAUCUCGCCCUUGCUCCCAACUAUGCAUUGAAGAAUAUAAUUCUGCAGUGGUGCGAGAAGAACAAUUUCAAGAUUCCAGAGAAGGAAACGUCUUUAAACGUCUCCGAGGAGCAGAAAGAUGAGGUAUCUUUGCUGGUGGAAGCACUAUCGUCAAGCCAGUUAGAAGAACAAAGAGAAUCAGUGAAGCAGAUGCGUUUGCUCGCCAGAGAAAAUCCAGAGAACAGAGUUUUGAUAGCUAACGCAGGAGCGAUCCCUUUGCUAGUUCAACUCCUUUCUUACCCUGAUUCGGGUAUACAAGAGAACACGGUGACGACUCUUUUGAAUCUAUCUAUCGAUGAGACCAACAAGAAACUCAUCUCAGACGAAGGAGCCAUCCCAGACAUAAUUGAGAUUCUUCAAAACGGGAACAGGGAGGCAAGGGAGAACUCUGCUGCAGCUUUGUUUAGUCUGUCAAUGCUAGACGAGAACAAAGUAACCAUCGGGUUAUCUAACGGGAUCCCACCGUUGGUUGAUUUACUUCAGCAUGGGACGUCAAGAGGGAAGAAAGAUGCUCUCACUGCGCUCUUUAACUUAUCACUUAACUCAGCUAAUAAAGGGAGAGCAAUCGAUGCUGGCAUCGUUCAACCGUUGCUACAGCUUCUGAAGGACAGAAACUUGGGGAUGAUCGAUGAAGCGCUUUCGAUUCUGUUGCUUCUUGUCUCGCAUCCCGAGGGACGUCAAGCCAUUGGUCAACUCUCCUUCAUCGAGACUCUUGUGGAUUUCAUUAGACAAGGCACACCGAAGAAUAAAGAAUGCGCGGCCUCGGUGCUACUUGAGCUAGGCUCCAACAAUUCAUCUUUCAUCCUGGCUGCACUUCAGUUCGGCGUCUAUGAAUAUCUUGUAGAAAUAACCAGUUCCGGAACAAACAGAGCUCAAAGAAAAGCAAAUGCACUUAUACAACUCAUAAGCAAAUCUGAACAAAUUUAAAGAUGUUCUGAUGAACAAGCAAAUGCACUUUCUACUGCAAUUUCAGUUUCUUCCUCAUUAGGUUCCGGAAUUGAUUUGAUUUAUCUGUAAUUAUGUAUUGUAUAUUUGUACAUGCUCUUGAGUUUAGUCAUAUACUAUUUGUUUUUUUUUCCUUGUA